ACUUCAUCCAAACAAGCCAACAAAGGAAGCUCGCGAGACAAAACUGCUAUGCGUUAUAUUAUCUAAUACACGGCCUAAGAAACUCCUACCACGAGGCUGUUAUCUUACCAGACUUGUGCUUCGAUUCUACUGGUUUCCUAUCCGAGACUUCGGACUACCGCAGCUUCUGCUGUGUCGACACCAUGUCUCAUCAUUCGCACUUUCGAGACUUCAUCACUUUCCUAAGUACGAUCAGUGGUGAUAUUGCCAAUGUGACCGCACCGCCAUUCUUUCUCGCCCCGGUUUCUGUCGUUGAAGUAGGCUCUUGUUGGACCGAACGACCUUUAGUAUUUAUAUCCGCCACACGCGAGACUGAUCCGGAAACUCGGGCUCUGCGGGUGCUUCAAUGGAUCCUGUGCUCCCUGAGAUCUCAAUUCUACAUAGGCCAAGGGGAUAAGGCUGGCUUGAAAAAGCCUCUCAAUGCUUUUCUGGGUGAGAUAUUUCAAGGUCAAUGGACCGACGGCACUUCCACGGCUAGGAUGAUCUGUGAGCAAGUCAGUCACCACCCCCCUAUCACAGCAUGUUAUAUGUGGGAUGAUGAGCACCAGAUUCGAGGAGAAGGCUACACUAGAGUUGAAAUGAACUUCUCAGGCAAUCUGAACAUCAAGCAAACAGGCCACGCAAUAGUCCACUUGGACAAGUACAAUGAGCAUUAUUUGGUCCCCAUGCCGAACUGCAAGGUCCGAGGUUUUCUCUCCGCCAGCCUAUAUCCGGAAAUCUACGGAACGUACUACCUCACCUCAUCCACAGGCUUCACCUCGCAAAUCACGUUCUCCGGCAAAGGGUUCUUCUCAGGGGCCCGGAACAGCUUCGAAGCUAAACUAUACCGAACGGAUGACGAGAAGAAGGAGCCGCUAUACACGGCACGCGGGCAAUGGAGCGACCGCUUCGUCAUCAUGGACACCAGAGGCAUCAAAGAACCUAUUAUCUGCGAACCUGGCGCGGUUCCAGCCUCCAAGCUUGAAGUCGCACCUCUGGAGGCCCAGGAUGCGUGGGAGACGCGCAAGGCAUGGCAACACGUCCUUGCCGCAUUGAGAGGAAACGACAUGCAAGGCAUCGUGAAGGAGAAAACAAAAGUGGAAGAGGCACAACGAGCGAUGCGCAGGGAAGAGGCUGCUGCAGGAAAGGUGUGGGAGCCGAAGUUCUUCUCUUCGUCGGAGGACAGUCCGCUUUUCCAUGAGCUUGCUGCAGGCACACCUUGGGCGCUGGAGGCGGAGCGCACGAAAGGCGUGUGGACCUUUGACCAAGAGAAAUCGAAGACCGCUGUGAAGCCAUAUCAUGGUGAAUUGACUCCGUUGGGAGUACUGAAGGGAGCGGAUGAAAGCUCGUAAGGUGUAGGUUCUAUGGUUGUGCCCCUUUUUCUAAGCGAGACCGCAGCAAAGUCUCGAUAAAGCCAGUUUUCUUUCACCGGUAGGUACAUAAAGCAUCUUGUUCGGAAUAUAAAGGCCACGACUGGAUAUUAGCGUGCUCGUCCCAGCUAUCCAAUCAAACAAAAAUGGCAUC